AUGAUAUACCUGCCGCCGCCGUCGCCAGAGGCUGCGGCGCUGGAGGAGCAGAUGAUGGCGUUCUCUCGCCAUGUCAACUCGUUCCUGGAGCAGGUGAUGCACAGACCCGCGUCCCAGGAGCAGUGGUCGCUGUGGGCAAGCGAGGCCUUCGCGUGGCUCCGGCGGCUUGUGCAGGGGGUCGCCUUCUUCAACGCCGACGACGACGCCCUCAACUUCGAGGUCACAUUCAUGCUCGAGAGGGUCUGGCCGCUGCUCGCCCGCCUGGCGCUUGUCCACGAGGCCGACCGCCUCGAGGCCGCUGGGGUCGCCGACGGCGAGCGGCCCCGGGAGGCCCCGCGGCACCCCGCCGGGUCCCGGCCGCCGCCGCACGAGCUGCCCUCCCUGUGCGAGGGGCCCCCGCCGUCGUCCGCGCGGGCCGGGGAGGGCGUGCCGGCGGAGGCGAGCGGCGACGCCCGACGGGCCGUCUCGGUGCUGGGGGCCUUCGUCCGCGACCUCGGCACGGCCGACGGCUCGGGGGAGGGGGUCGGGCGCUACGAGCUGCUGCUGCACGCGCUGGCGGAGCGGAGCCUCGCGGAGUAUCUACAACUGCGCCGGCAGCACUGGACCUGGGAGGGCUCGCAGCACGCCGGCGCGGAGAACUGGAUGUGCCUGACGUCCGCCGAGUCGCACUGGUGGGACGCGUCGUGCGCGUUCUCGGACGGCCAGGGGACGGUGGAGGUCGAGGGCUUCCUGUUCUCGAUGAGCUCGUACUCGCUGCGAGUCCGGUGCUUGGUUCCAAGCCGCUUCGCCUUCGCCAGCAAGCUCGAGGUGUCCCUUGCUCUGCGCGAGGCGAAGACCGGUUUCACGGCACGGCUGCUGGUCCCGCUGUGCCGGCGCACGGGUCGACCUCUUCGUAAUGUCACAGUUUGCACGAAGCCGCUUUUCAAGAGCGGUGAGUUGUUGGAAAAAGAUCCAGACUUGAUUGACAACUGGAUAGAGUAUCACAGGCUUUUGGGCGUCGACCAUUUCCAGAUAUACGACACAGACGGAAGUUUCUCCCACUCCUUUCCAAAUGCGGUGCAGGGCUCAGUCACGUAUGUGGGUCAGUUUCCUGCUCUUAUCUCAGAAAAAUUCGCAACGUUGGAGAAAGAAGGCUUCCACAGUUGUCUCAUCUCGCAAUCCUACGACCAUUGUUUCUUUGAGAAUGCGCAAACUUCUCGCUGGGUGUUGCAUUUGCACGCCCCAGAUAGCUAUGUCCACACGACGCAGCCUGAGAUGCGGAUACCUACUGGUCUUCCAGAGUGGUUGGGGAGGCAGGAGUCUGAUGUUUUCCAUGGCCGUCUUUGCGCUGUCUCGCUUCGGGCCAUGUGGAUCGGUGGGCAGAACGCAACCUCCAACUCCGACCGACCCGUUUUCGCGCGAUACCAGUAUCGUUUGCCAGACGCCCUGGAGGCGUGGAACCGGAGCGAGACGAUAAUGAGGACGUCCCACACCGUUUACCUUGGAGGCCACAAGCCGCUGUGCAACCACCGCACCUACACGCUCGCGGCCCCCUCCGAUAGUUGGCGCAUGAACCACUUCGUAGAUAUGGAUCGGACCCGCUGCGAGGGCUGCGUCGUCUUCGACCCGAGCUCCGGCUGGGCCGCCGGGCUGCUGGGCGCGGCGGCCGCGGAGGAGUUCGUGCGCCUCGCGACGCGGCCGACGGGCUCCAGCCUGCUGCCGCCCGUAUCCGCGGCGGAGAUCGUCAGGCCCUGGCUCGCGGAGCGGGGGCGCACCCCCUUCCCGGGGAAAAGCGGUCGGGACCUCGAGGAGCAGCCCCGCCGGCGGGCGGUGCCGCUCCGCCGGGUGCCCGCCAGCGGGCGCGCCCCCGGCCCCGCGCUGCAGCGCUUCGACGGGGUGCUGGAGCCCGGGGCGGCCGAGAGGCUGCACGGCGCCGUGCGCGCCGGCCGGUUCCUGUCCGGCUCGCAUCUCUUCGAGGCGUCGCUCGACGAGCUCGACCGCGGGCGCGCCCACGGCGGCCCGGAGGCCGAGGAGGCCGCGGGGCCGCUGCUCGAGGCGGCCGCGCAGCGGCUGCCUGGCCCGGGGGCCCGCGGCCGCGCGCGGGCGCUGGGCCUCCUGCGGCACGUGGACGAGCUCCUGGAGCCGAGGCGGGGCGGGCUGCGCUUCCUCUACUUCCCGCACACCUUCCCGAGCUCCAACGUCCUCGACGGCCUGACCCACGUGGCCGUGGAGUUCGAGGCCUGCCCCCCGGGCGGCCACGCCAUCAACCUCGUGCCGCAGUUCAACGUCGGCCCAUCAACCUCCUUCCCGCUAACUGGACGCUCCGGGUGCGCGGGCCCAACGAGCAUCUGCCGAGGGAUUUGCUGGUGUCAUCGUCGUCGAGUUCCAGGUCUCGGAGCGGGGCCCGCUGGCCGCCCUGCCGCCGUGGCCCCCUGCGGGGGCGGGCGCGGCCGCGCCCCGGCUCCGGGCCACCGCGCUGUCCUCCGCUGA